AUGAACUCGAACGAGAUACGGGAACGAUUCCUCAGCUACUUUGAAUCACAGGGGCACUCACGAGUUGCCAGCUCCUCACUCAUCCCGGUGGGCGACCCUACCCUGCUGCUCACCAACGCGGGCAUGGUGCAGUUCAAGCCGUAUUUCUCGGGCGAGGCAACCCCUCCGAAUCGCCGGCUGACUUCGUCGCAGAAGUCCUUCCGCACCGUCGACAUCGACGAGGUGGGCGACGCGACUCACCUGACGAUGUUCGAGAUGCUGGGAAACUUCAGCUUCGGCGACUACUUUAAGGACGGCGCCAUGGAGUUCGCGGUCGACUGCCUCGAAUCCGCCAUGGGUCUGCCGAGGGAGAAUUUCUCCGCCACGGUCCACGAGGGCGACGACGAGGCGUACGACCUCUGGCAGAAGCACGGCAUCCCGACGGAACGCAUCUAUCGAUUCGGCGAUGCGGACAACUGGUGGGGGCCUCCCAUUCAUGGAGAUGAGGGCCCGUGCGGGCCGUGCGCCGAGCUCCACUACGAUUUCGGAGACGCCCGUCCCGGCUGCGGCCUCGACGACUGCGGCCCCAACUGCGAGAACGUGAACCCGGAUACGGGGCUGGUCUGCCAACGAUACGUGGAGCUGUGGAACCUCGUGUUCAUGCAGUUCUACCGAAACCCGGAUGGCAGCCUCCCUCCCCUGCCGCAGACCGGCAUCGACACGGGAAUGGGCUUCGAACGGCUGGUGGUCGUCCUUCAGGACGCCGAGGACAUCUACGGGACAGACCUGUUCCUGCCACUCAUUCGCAAGGUCGAGGCGAUCGCCGGUCACGACUCCGAAGAGAGCGCCGAAGUGAGGCAGGCGAUGCGCGUCGUCGCCGAGCACGGGCGAAGCUCGGCGUUCCUCAUUGCCGACGGCGUUGUUCCCUCCAAUGAUGGGCGGGGCUACGUUUUGAGGCGGCUCGUGAGACGUGCCAUCCGUCACGCCCGCAGGCUCGGCAUGGACGAGCCGUUCCUCGGAGAUAUCGCCGAUGCCGUAACCGACAUCAUGGGAGACGCCUACCCGGAGCUCCGCAACAAUCGCGAUUUCGUACAGACGGUCAUCAAGCUGGAGAAGAACGAUUCUGUCGGUCUUUCCAGAACGGCUACGCGAUGCUGA